AUGCGACGAAUGUUGUCUCAGACACCCGGAUCUACAGCAUUCAUGGCUUCUUCUGAGCACCCAAAAGUACAGAUCAGAACCAGUGUGAUCCAACGGAGUGAUGAGUGCAUUAAUGAUUUGGACUUGGGAAGGAUGAUGACGGGUUCUCUGGCUCGACCAAACUCCCUCUUUUUACGAACCGGUGGAACCCGGAAAGUAGGUAGUGAGAUUGUGUCUUUUCAGAAGUUCUCAUGGAAUGGUUCAUUUCCCUCUGAGCAGCUUGAACUUGAAGCAAAACAGAAGAACAUGGAAGCACCUGUUGUGGUAGUCACUGGAGCCUCCAGAGGCAUUGGCCGUGCAAUUGCACUUUCCUUAGGUAAAGCCAAUUGCAAGGUCUUGGUCAACUAUGCCAAGUCAUCCACGCAAGCUGAGGAGGUUUCCAACUUGAUUGAGGCGUUUGGUGGACAAGCUAUUACCUUCGCGGGAGAUGUUUCAAAUGAAGCUGAUGUGGAGUCUAUGAUUAAAACUGCAGUUGAUGCUUGGGGAACUGUUGAUGUAUUGGUAAAUAAUGCAGGAAUUACUCGAGAUGGUUUGUUAAUGAGAAUGAAGAAAUCACAGUGGCAGGACGUUAUUGAUCUGAAUCUCACUGGUGUUUUUCUUUGCAUGCAGGCAGCAGCAAAGAUUAUGACGAUGAAAAAGAAGGGAAGGAUAGUCAAUAUUGCAUCAGUUAUUGGUCAGGUUGGCAAUGUUGGACAAGCCAAUUAUAGUGCUGCAAAGGCAGGGGUAAUUGGCCUCACAAAAAGUGCUGCCAGGGAAUAUGCUAGCAGAAACAUCACUGUCAAUGCAGUAGCCCCUGGGUUUAUUGCAUCUGAUAUGACUGCCAAGCUACGACCAGACAUUGAGAAAAAAAGAUUGGAGUUAAUCCCCUUAGGAAGAUUUGGCCAACCAGAAGAAGUUGCUGGACUUGUGGAAUUCUUGGCUCUUAAUCCUUCUGCUAAUUACAUCACUGGACAGGUGUUCACCAUUGAUGGAGGUUUGACAAUUUCAGCUGAGCUUUUUUACAGGUUGCUUCUUGAGAUGAAUUUGGGAUAUUGUUGCAUUUUGGUGACUCUAUGGUACACUGUUCUAGUUGCUUAUUCACUCCAACGGUUAAACAUUGCCUUGGAAGCUUGA